ACUCGAUGGACCGUAGUAAUCUGGGCCUUUCGAAGGUUGUUGGUCUUGAGAAGGAUACGGGUAUGUCUGGCUCAGACUUCAACGUGGUCACCAGUAUCAUGUAUCCGACAUAUCUUCUUUUCAUGUUACCGAGUAACCUGGUGCUACGCAAGGUUGGAGCGCGCCUCUGGCUCCCGUUUCUCACUAUGCUGUGGGGCAUCGUCAACAUGUGCAUGGCCUUUGCAAAGAACAAGACGGAUCUGAUCCUUUGCCGUCUGUUCCUCGGCGUGGCAGAGAGCGGAGCUACUCCAGGUGCUUUAAUGCUCAUUACUCUGUGGUAUCCACGCACAAUGAUCACAUCGCGUGCUGGUAUGCUGUACUCGGCAGCCGCUGUUGGAGCUGUCAUCGGCGGCCCUACUGCAACUGCUAUUGGCAAAAUGACCAACACCCACUUCAAGCGGUGGGAGUGGAUCUUCUUCAUCGAGGGCUUGACCACAGUUGGCUAUCAGUCUUAUCAUAGCUGGAUCCUGAGCCCUGACGAAAAGGCAAUUAUCAACCGGCGUAUGGCACAGGAUCAGGUCGAGGGUGGCAAAAAAUCGGUCAACAGAACGCGGCUUCUGGGAUGUCUGAUGUUCUGCGCCAACUUUGGGGAGAUGGGCUACAGCGAGGGUGCGUCGCAGGCUAUGCAGGCAGCACCAGGGAUAUGUGGGUUUAUUGGGAGCAUUAUUGCGCGCUUCUACCCAAAGUGGUUUGGGUCGCACUUUCACAGCAUGCUGUUUUGUGCAGGCUGGAUUAUUUCCGCUACGGCCAUCCUUCUGGGAGUCACCAACAACCCGGCAAGGAUCAUUGCCCUAUGUAUGCUGUCGUUUGGCAGUUUUAGCACUCUUAGCAUUGGGCCCGGAUGGCUGAUGAGCAACGUUGGCGGUCCUACCCGCGCUGCCUUGUCCAGUGCAGUCGAUAUCAUGCUUGCCGGCCUUGGAGGCCUCUGCACCGCCUACAUUUACCGCAACAAGGAUGCUCCGCGGUACAUGUUUGGCCACGGCAUGAACAUGUUUGCUGCAGGCUUGAUGGUGGUUGUGUCUACCGCCUCGCAUUUCAUCAUCGUCCACCGCAACAGGCUGAAGGAGACACACCCAGUUGAUAUAUCUGGAAUGUCGCAAGAUGAAAUCGAUUUGCUGGAAAACGACCACCCCGACUUCCGCUAUGUAAACUAAGCAACAAUAUACUGGUAAUAUAUGCUAUUACUUGAU